GGACGCUCUGCAUACGUCACUGGCAUUUUGGCCCUCCACAAUCCUGGUAGCACCGCACCGCCACCCCGUGCGUGGGGCCCUUAACGUCCGCUCGACCUCAUAACACCCACAGAUCGCUAGAUCGCUGUCCGCUCUCCUCUGUGGAGGCAUCAUCACCUGAUUGCUGUCCGCUCGCUUGUCUAUUACUAUCAAUACCUCUCUGUCCUCUGCUGCUCCUCCUGCCCUCUCUCGACCCCGCAGUAGCAUCCAGGACAUCAUUCACUCUCCUCCGCCAUGGCCGACUCAGGAGCAUCUACCCCAGAGGCGGAGCUCAGCGAUACCCCCUUCGAUAGCCCGUCGCCGUCCUCUCCUCCCUUUCCCUCGAGCCCUACCUCCACUACCCCCUCGACGCUCAAUAUUCCCGAACGCCCCGCCGUACGCUCCAGCGUCACGACUGGCGCCACCGUCAACAUGACGCCUUCCUCCACUCCUUUAGGGAACAUCAAUGCCGCCAGAAACCCUCGCGGCAGUGGCCCCACUAUCUCCAGCAGAGGCAGUGGUCUCAACGUCUCGCAGGACAUCUUGGCGAGGAUACAGGCAGUGCAUCUGGGCCGACAAGGUGCCCCACCACCUGGCGCAGCUGGUCGAGGGAAUCUGCCUCAGAGCCCAGGACCGUCUGUUGGCCCACCGAACAACCUAUCACCAAGAGGAGGGCCAAUAAUGGCGGGUGGUGUACCCGCUAGUUUCCGCGGCAUGCCUGGAGGGAAACCACCUCUGCCCAGCUUCGCAUCUGCCCCCGCUAUUCCUGGCCGUACUGGUCCUGCACCUAAGUUGUCCAUGGCCGAGAGACGUGGCGCACCAAAGCUCGGUGGUCUGCCUGGUGCAGCACCACCCGCUGGCGGUGCUCCUGCUGGGAAGAAGCGUCCGGGCCUAACCCUCUCACAAAUGAAUGGAGGCGCGCCGGACGCAGAGCCUAAGAAGCAGGAAACUGCAUUGGACAAGUACUCGGAUUUCAUCGACACCAAGACUGGUAGCCUUAAGUUCGCAGGCAAGGCUGUCCUGAAUCCAGAUGGUGUACAAUUCGCAAACGGUACAUCCUUCAGCAUUUCGCUAGAUGAAGUUGAUACGCUCGACGAGCUGGGCAAGGGCAAUUACGGCACAGUAUACAAGGUACGACACGCAAGACCACGCAUGAGGAAGCCAGGUCAAGGUCUUGCCGGAAACAAGGCUGCACCAGGCUCUCCUUCGCGAAAAGACUUCAGCGAAGAACCAAGCCCAACUACUGCAAAGCCUUCUGGAGGCACAGGCAUUGUGAUGGCCAUGAAAGAGGUCAGGCUGGAGCUGGACGACUCGAAAUUCGCCGCUAUAAUUAUGGAGCUGGAUGUCCUUCAUCGUUGCGUAUCGCCCUACAUCGUCGACUUCUACGGUGCUUUCUUCCAGGAAGGUGCUGUGUACAUUUGCAUGGAGUUCAUGGACGGCGGAUCGAUAGACAAGCUCUACGGCGACGGUGUCCCUGAGAACGUCCUGCGCAAGAUCACAUUGGCCACAACUAUGGGAUUGAAGUCAUUGAAGGACGAACACAACAUCAUUCACCGCGACGUCAAGCCUACGAACAUUCUCAUGAACACACGGGGUCAGAUCAAGAUCUGCGAUUUCGGCGUCAGUGGUAACUUGGUUGCAAGUAUCGCGAAGACGAACAUUGGCUGUCAGAGUUACAUGGCCCCUGAACGAAUUUCAUCAGGCGGUGUUGCUCAGGCGGGCGCCAACCCUGGAGGCGGCACCUACAGCGUCCAGAGUGAUAUCUGGAGUUUGGGUUUGACCAUCAUCGAGUGCGCGCUUGGCCGCUACCCAUACCCACCUGAAACCUACAACAAUAUCUUCAGUCAGCUUAGUGCGAUUGUGGAUGGAGAAGCUCCGGAUCUUCCAGAGGAAGGCUACAGUGAAGCCGCCCGAAACUUUGUCCGUGGAUGUCUGAACAAGAUUCCUAAGCUGCGACCAACAUACGCUAUGCUUCUCAAUCACGCGUGGCUUGCACCUAUGAUAAAACCGGAGACGAUCACAGAAGAAGAUGAGGAUGAGGUGGCAGCAGCAGAGGCAGCAGAAGGCGGUGUGGCCGCUGGCGAUCAGAGCCCCGCUGAGCCAAGUGAAGACGUUGUGGACAAGGAGGUCGCAGACUGGGUAAAAGACGCAAUCGACAAGCGCAAGAGGGGUGUUCUUGGCAAGGCUCCCAAGCCUGCAUUACACGCUGCGCCGCUAGAUGCAGUGUCGAGUCCUUCGCAGGACGGUGUGAAUGGCCUCGACGCUGCAGGUGCACCUGUGGCGACCACCACAUGAGAUCGUAA